UAUGGACCCCCGGGGACCAACCCUCCGUCCUUUCCAGUGGCCUGAGAAACCUGGUCGGGUCCGCCGUCGGAAGACCAGACGGGAGAGGAAUGAGGCCCUGUUGGGCAGCCGCCGGCCACUGGUCGGUCAGGAUCCUCCUGUGUCCAGUCGGGAUCUGCCUGUGGCCCCUCAGGAUCCUGUGGUUCCUACAGCUCCCAAGCUUGUGGUCAUAACCCAGGGCCGGCUGAGCCAAAAGCACCGGGGUCUCUUUAACCAUGAGGUUAAAUCCCUGGAUGUGGCACGGCUGCUUAGCAGUGAGUCCCUGGAGCCGGGCAUCCUCCAGCUUCCCACCAAGCCUUCCCCAAGCCCAGGUGGGGCCCAAGUACCAGCCUCACAAUCAAGGGGCAAGGAGAAUCAGAUGCCUGGAGGCUCAAGCCUGGGUCCAUCUAGUUCCCCAGAGUUACCUGACUUGGUCCAGCUGCUGGGAGAGCUACAGUGCCAGCUGCUUCUGCCACAGGCCUUCCCCAGGAGGAACCUGGUGCAAGAAGCCAGGGACACCAUCGUGGGUACCUUACAGGCCUGCCAUGGCUGUGUGCCUGACCUUGCCCUAGUGCUCCGGGGCUGUCAGCUGCCCUUGCCAGGGACCAAGCCUGGGGACCUUGCAAGAAGAAGGUCAGCACCUUCCUGGAUCAAUACCACUGAGCAGGCUCCAGGAGAGGGGAGGCAGCGGAGGCAACAGGGGACAAAGGAGUUCACUUUUGCCAUAUCUCACACCUCCAGUGCUCCCACUACACACAGGGUGAACCUGGCACCACCAAGAGGUCCUCGGCCACCCCUCUUGCCCUCACUGCCUUCGCCAUCUGGGGCAUUGGGUCCCCCAACAGCCUUUGAUCUGCUGAAAAGCAUCUGGCUUGUAGCCACACCACCCCCUCCCCAGCCCUGGGAGGUCAGUCCACCUCAGCCUCUGCCUCAACCACCAUCACCCUUGCUGCCCCGAACCGCAGCCCUGGACUGGAGCCCCAGCCCCCCUGCCCCACUGCCCAGCCUCUCCUGGGUGGUGGCCCAGAGCAGUCCAGAAGCUUGGUCCUUUCCACCCAUGAGACUAUACUGA